AUGUCCCCCAUGUCCACCGUCGAUCGCGAAGUAGUUUUGAGUCUUUUACGUUCUUUAUCUAAUCCCUUCCUGGCCAUAGAAGAGGACCAGCAUCCAUGGAGUAUUAACCGGUUUCCGGUCUUUGAAAGGCCUUUUUUAAGAACAUGGGACUUGAUGUCAGGAAGCCAGCCAGAUCAGGGAAAUCGCAUGCAAUCGAGAGCCCCGCGUCAGCGUCUAGACACUAUCGACACUCGAGUGCAGUCUUUGACCACACAUGCCGAUCAUGGUGACUGGACGCCUACACCGUUCAUCUCUUUCACGGUAUCCAAAAUAGCUCUUCAAAGCCUCGCCAAUUACCGAGAAGGGCGUAGAGGAACGCAAACUAUCACCGUUGUCAAUCCGAAUGCUCGAAUAGCAAAAGGUCUUCCAGUUCUCGAUAUGAUGAACGAAAUGGAUUAUUACGAUGUACCGAACCCGUAUGGACGCAUUUCGUAUUUCGAGGACCAUUAUCUCUGCUUGUGGGAGAUUACAGACGAUGAGAUUGUCGGACACUGGGACUGGGGUGACCUCUCCAAGAAUGAUUACUGGUUUGAAGAAAUAAUUAUACCUGCAUUCAGAGAACAUGAUGAAAGGGCCUCAAUCGCUCCUCUACGUGGAGGAACAUUCGAUUUAUCUGACCUCUUGAAUGAGCUCCCGGGUGUGGAUAUUUCCCCCGAUCCAGAGAUCUCAUCUGGACACUCAUCAUUUGAAGAUGGGCUUAGCACAUCCUUCGAUGAUGAACUUGACUGGAGCGACACUGAUGAUGAAGCCGAGGAGGCCAAUGCAACAGAUGACAUGUUCAAGAUACUUGAAGAAGAUUGGUAA